AUGAAACCCUAAAGUCUGAACUUUUGUCAGAUACUUUCAUAUAAGCUCCCAAGAAUUGUCGAUCUAACCUUUUCUCCACCUUAAAAUUCCUUACAAUCUUCUUGAACAAGCAAUAAAUCCAUCGCGGCCUAAAGAAGAAAGCAAAGUUCAAGCCAGGAGUCAUGGCGACGCCGAAGCUUAUUGACAUUGGUGCAAAUCUGACUGAUGCCAUGUUCCGAGGGGUGUACAACGGGAAGCAGGCACACGCUCCGGACUUGGCGGCCGUCCUAGCUCGAGCAUGGGCUGCAGGUGUGGAACGCAUCAUCGUCACAGGUGGUUCUCUGAAGGAAUCGCGCGAGGCUUUGGAGCUUGCGGACACCGAUGCAAGGCUCUUUUGCACAGUAGGCGUUCAUCCAACACGGUGCUCUGAAUUUGAUGAAAGCGGCGACCCUGUGAGGCACUUGCAGGAGUUGGAGGAGCUUGCUCGGAGAGGGAAAGAGAGGGGCAAGGUAGUCGCGAUCGGCGAGUGCGGGCUCGACUACGACCGGCUGCAGUUCUGUCCAGCCGAAACGCAGAGAAAAUACUUUGACCACCAGUUUGGCCUGGCAGAGCGCCUCGGUCUGCCCAUGUUCCUGCACAUGAGGGCCGCGGCGGACGACUUCUGCGCCAUCAUGCGACGAAACGAGAGCCGGUUUCGUGGCGGUGUUGCGCAUUCCUUCACGGGCAGCGCGGAGGACCUCCAAAAGUUGCUAGCCUUUCCGACACUGAGCAUAGGCAUCAACGGCUGCUCCCUGAAGACCCAGGAGAACCUUGACGUCAUGGCUGACGUCCCUCUUGAUCGCCUCCUCCUCGAGACGGACUCUCCGUACUGCGACGUGCGAUCCACGCACGCAGGGUUUAGCCACGUGGCGACCACGUGGCCUUCGAAGAAGAAAGAAAAGCACGACGCGGAGAGCCUGGUCAAGGGGCGUAACGAGCCGUGCACAAUGAGGCAAGUACUGGAAGUUGUGGCAGGUCAUCGACGGGUCACGGAUGUUGCGGGAUUGGCUCGAGCGGCGCACGAAAACACCUGCCGGUUGUUUUUCCCGUACGAUCUGGAUUCGAUAGCAGGGGCCGUCUUGGAGCGAAGAACAGAGUCUUAAGGCAAAUUGUACUUUUUCCGCCCGAGUCGGUCAUCCCAUCUUGCAUGCUCGCAUAAAAUCAAUGAGCAACCCCCUAACAAAGGGGAAGCUACCUAGUGUGAGUAUGCCUCGGAUUAAUGGAAUAUUGUUGUAGACCUACGUUCUAAUACCAAGUCGAUGCUGGUAGUGCGUUUUGAUAUUGCGAAGGCUGCAGCGUGCAGGAAACUUAGGCUUGGUGUCCGCCAGAAUCAAGUGCAGAUUUAUUAUAAUUACUGAGUGAGUCGAUGCACA